UUUCAUCCAAAAUUUUUUCUAUAAACAAAAAAACAAAAGUUGUCCAAUCAAUGUCGGAAUAAUUGCACACUAUUUCAACAGCCAAAUUUUCAGAAUUUCAAUCCAACAAAAUGCUUGAUCCGCUGCAUUGGCCAAAUUAUUUUCCAGAUUAGCUGCAGAUGUUGGAAAAGGUGAAGCCAGAGAAUUUAAAGGGAUGUCAGAUUGUCUGAAAAAAAUUUUCAAGUCCGACGGAUUGUUCGGUCUCUACAGGGGUUUCAACGUCAGCGUUCAAGGCAUUUUUAUUUAUCGUGCUUCCUAUUUUGGGCUUUACGACACUGCAAGAGCUACUUUGCUCGAAGAUCCAAAACACACACCGAUUUAUAUAAAUUUCCUAAUAGCUGAGACCGUGACAACGAUGGCAGGAAUAAUCUCGUAUCCUUUCGACACUGUGCGACGAAGAAUGAUGAUGCAAUCGGGUCUGAGCAAAAACGAAGUAAUGUACAAAAAUACGGCGGAUUGUUGGAUCAAGACGAUGAAGCGUGAAGGCCCAGGAGCCUUUUUCAAAGGAGCGUUCUCAAACGUAUUACGAGGAACUGGAGGAGCUCUCGUUCUAGUUUUUUACGACGAAGUCAAAGAUUACAUAUUAGGAAUGAUGAGUUAACAUGUUGAAUUGGAGAGUCGAAUUGACCGUCACUUAGCCAAAUAUAUGAGAAAACUUCUGAAUUAUUAUUCAAAA